GAAAUGUAAUUUUUCCAUUUGUUUGGUAAAACUGAAUUUUUUUUUGGAUUACUGAAUCGUUUCAACUUUAAACUUUCAAGUGGUUUUUAUUUGGACUGUCCAGGAAAAUUCAUCCAAGUUGGACUACAUCUACAAAUUUGAAUCUUUCUGUGUAAGGAUCUUAGUUUAUUGAACAAAACUGUUUUAUAUCGCUUUUUAUCACUUUGCUAUCUCUCUGAUUUAUAAAUCAAGUUUUUAGACUUCACUCUUUUUAUUUGUUUUGGUGCCUUUGUGUCUUUCAAUCUCGGUUUAGGAUCUUUUUUCUUUCCAUAAUCAUGAGUGAUCUAGAGAAUUCAUUUGAAAAAAUUGAAGAUGUUGAUCCAGACAUCAUUGCUGAAGAACAAAAUGUUUCGCCUGCAAUUGAACAUGAUAUUGAAUUAGAAAAUGAGCUGAAUCAUGUUAACCAAGAAAACGGAGAAAACCUUGACGCUGGUUCUACUGAUUUUACAGAUAACUCAAACUCUGUUCCAGCUGAUAAUUUAACCAGUAACGGACUCGCCAAUGAAGUUAACGGUGAUAAGGAGCCUAUUAAAGAAUCAGAAAAGAUCCGAAAAUGGAGAGAAGAGCAAGAAAAAAGGUUAAAUGAAAAAGAUGAAGAGGAGAAUAAGAAAAAGAAGGAACUUGCUGAACAAGCAAAGAAAGAAUUAGAGGAAUGGUACUCUCGUUGUGAAGAGCAAUUAAAUAAAUCAAAAGUAAUCAACAGGGAGGCUUGCAAGAACGCUGAAAAAGAGUGGAUUGCUGAAAGAGAUGCCGAAUCACCUGAACAAGAAUGGGAAAAAAUCGCUCGCAUGUGUGAUUUCAAUCCAAAAGCAUCUCGUAACUCAAAAGAUACGUCAAGAAUGAGAUCGAUUUUACUUCAAUUGAAACAACAACAAGCUCAAGAAAAAUCAUCUUGAAUCAUUUUCCUUUUUAUAAUUUUAUUAUCACAACCAGCAAGCGUGAUUAAUUUGAAUCAUCAUCAUCUUGCUGCAUUUACUUCUAAUUUAUCACUGACAAAACACCUAUCAGAAAGUAAAAACUAUAUUGCGCCUUAUUUCAAGACCACCAAAAGUCUUCUGAUACAGUAUACUACUGUAGUUUAGUACCAUAUAAAUGGAAAUUUCAACCGAUGGAGUCACCCGUAGCCAAAAAUCUGUGUUCAGCACAUUUCUGCAAUUAUUCACCAGAAUACAUUUUGACAGGAUUGGUUAAUGACAAAGUGCCAAGUAAAGAAGCUUCUUUACUCUUUGGCCACUAUGAAUCACCCAACCAACUAAUGAAUUGAAUAGCUUUGUGGACCAAGUUCAUAGCAGUAUUUUAAUCGACUUGAGAUGUUUCAGAUUAUUUUUUACUAUCGCUAGAUUUUUCUCCCCAAACAUCAAUCUUUGUUUUCGCAUUUAAAUAUUAUUUACGAUAAAAUGUCUUUGAUAAUUAUAAUCAAUCUUUUCCUUA